UAACCGCUAAUCAACUGAAUUAAACUAUUAAAGUACUUUGUUACGUGUUUUUUUUUUAUUUCAUGAGUUUGAAAAACAAAAUAACUGUUUUUAAUUAUUUUUUGUUGAUUAAAAAGUGUGUUAAUUACGAAACACUUACAGUGUUUUUAUAUGAAAAUUUUGUGGAAACAAUCCGUCCAAUAAUUAAAAUGAAUUCCAAAAAUAAUUUAUUGACUAUAAUAAUUAAUUUAUUAAUUAUUUGUGAAUUAUUUAGUGUUGUUAUUUGUGAUCGAGAUAAAAAUUUGGAAGAUCUUUAUAAAACUUGGGACGACAAGGCAGAUUUUGAGAAGAAAUUAAAUUUUUUAUUGGGCAAUAAUUCUGGUGCAUCAUUGGAUUUUUUACUCAAUUUUAAUCAUGAAAUACCAAUCCGAGAGGCCAUUUUACCACCAUACUCGAAUAACCACCAUAAUAUGGGAAUAGAACCAGAAGAUACCGUUGUGAAAGCCAAUCGACACUUUGACCCAUGGUCUAUUGUAUGGUAUGUUGGAUCAUUUGGUGGCUUGGUUAUAUUUUUCCUUGUCGUAUCCUGUUCAGAAUGGUGUUGUCGACGUGAUACCGUUGCCAAUAGUUCAUUAAAUAAUCGUCGACAACGAUGUCGAUUACAUGAAGAUUAUCAAUCACAAUCGCAACAUGUCCCAGAAACACCGCCACCAGCGUAUCAUCUUUUUGCACCUCCAGCAUACGAGAGUGUUUAUAAAGAUUGUGUCUACAAGGAUCCAAAUCCAGAUGGUGUUUUUGUUGUGCCUGUACAUCAUGGCGUUAUCAAACAAAAUAAUAAUUCAAAUGUUAAAAAUUCAUCAUCAACGAUUAUAAAUAUUGAUAAUUCAUCAACAAUCGUGCCAAGAUAACAUAAUAUUUGCCAUAUUUGAUUACCGUUCAAUGGAGUUCCUGUAAAUCGGCAAAUCGUGCACAAGUGUUUGCAUCUGAAAAAUUUUUCUGUUACGAAAACUAAGUGAACAAAAGUGGGGUGCUUCUAUUUUAAUUUCUAAGCUAUUUAUAAUACAUUAUAGAACGCGAUAUAAUUGGUAAAUCAAUGCAGUGAUGUCAAAAGAUAUGGCUUAGUGAAUUUGGCGCAAAUUUUGAAAAGUCAUAAUACCAGGUGUACUAUUUUAAACAAUCCGAUAGAGUUAUCUGCAACUUACGGAAUGAAGUCAUCUUUAAAACAAAAAUAUAAAUUAAUUAAUUACUCAUUUUAAAAGUUCCCUUUUUAAAAUGGGACUAUGGGCAUUUAAUUCAACUACAGCUUACAAGUGUGAUUUGUGUUAAAAAAGAAGUGUUCGCAUUCUCUAUCCGUUAGAUAUCGAAAACGUACAUUGUUAGAGUUGCAAGCUCAAAGUUUUGAGAAGUCUGAAGAUAAAUCAGAAUAAUGAAACUGUAAGAUAUUUUCGAAUUUAUGCGAGUAUGAAACAAAUAAUAAAAAAACAACUUUAUUUACUGAACUAUGGAGGAUUUAUGUUGAGAUCGAAAGUAGAUUGAAACUACACGAUUUCUGGAGUAUUGAGUAAAAUCUGGAGAGCUGGCAACUCGUAAUCCAAACUUGUUGAAUUGCCGAUUAAAUAUUGUAAAGCGUGAUUUAAUCGAAUCACUCGCUUAGGAAUUUAGAUUAUUCGUUUUUUUUUGUAUUUAAAAAAAUUAAAUUGUGUGAUUUUAACAGAAAAAAAUUGAAUGACAGAAUACAGUUUGUCAUUUUGAAAAUCAAAUCCGCUAUAUUUAUUAACUUUACGGAAAAGUGUUUCGAUCAAAAGUUAUUUCUUCUUUUAUGAAGAAUAACGUUUGAAUACGUCAGUGACGUAUCAUUAGAGAGUAAGGGUGUAAAGAUUUUAAAUAAUAUGUAGUUUUCAUUUUACCAAACAGAAGCGAAGUGAACUUCUUGCACAUUGUAUUGAUCGCAAGUAUCGACAUAUCAAAACUAUGUAAAAUACAAAUAAUUGAAAAGCAAAUAUUUAAAUCAGAAU